GCCCCCGUGCUGCUCCGCGCCAAGCAUCCACUCCGCUCUUGUACACGUGGAGGAGGGGAGGCCUAACCUCGGCAGUGCCUCCUAAGACCCUGAAUGGCCGGGAAGUGGCUAUUUUGCAGUAAAUCCUCAUAUGAUACCUACCUUUCUUGAGUCGAUUCCUCAUGGAAGUUCUGCCUGAUGAGGACCUGCUGCGGCACCCAGAGCUCCCCUCACGCUGCCCCACUGAUGGUCAAGCCCUCCGAGCCCCGCUGUGCUCCCCUGGGACCCGAGGCCUUAACUGCUGCCCUGACUCGGUCAUGCCUCUGGCUUCAUUGGAACUUUCCUUACAACAGGUUUGAAAGUGAAGCUUAGUGGCUGCUGCUGAAGGAAAAGGCAAAAGUGGGGAAGACUUUUUUCAGAAGAUCAUGGAGGAAACAAAUACGCAGAUUGCUUGGCCAUCAAAACUGAAGAUUGGCGCCAAAUCCAAGAAAGAUCCCCAUAUUAAGGUUUCUGGAAAGAAAGAAGAUGUUAAGGAAGCCAAGGAAAUGAUCAUGUCUGUCUUAGACACAAAAAGCAAUCGGGUCACCUUGAAGAUGGAUGUUUCACAUACAGAACAUUCUCAUGUAAUCGGAAAAGGUGGCAACAAUAUUAAGAAGGUGAUGGAAGAAACAGGAUGCCACAUCCACUUUCCAGAUUCCAACAGGAAUAAUCAAGCAGAAAAAAGCAACCAGGUAUCUAUAGCAGGACAACCAGCAGGAGUAGAAUCGGCCCGAGUUAGAAUUCGGGAGCUGCUUCCUUUGGUGCUGAUGUUUGAGCUGCCGAUUGCUGGAAUUCUUCAACCAGUGCCCGACCCCAACUCCCCCUCUAUUCAGCACAUAUCACAAACGUACAACAUUUCAGUGUCAUUUAAACAGCGGUCCCGAAUGUAUGGUGCUACUGUGAUAGUACGAGGGUCUCAGAAUAACACAAGUGCUGUGAAGGAAGGAGCUGCCACGCUAUUGGAGCACCUCGCCGGGAGCUUGGCGCCAGCCACCCCCGUGAGCGCGCAGCUAGAUAUUGCAGCUCAGCACCACCUCUUUAUGAUGGGUCGGAACGGCAGCAACAUCAAACACAUCAUGCAGAGAACGGGCGCUCAGAUCCACUUUCCUGACCCCAGUAAUCCACAGAAGAAAUCCACCGUCUACCUCCAGGGCACCAUUGAGUCUGUCUGUCUUGCAAGGCAAUAUCUCAUGGGUUGUCUUCCUCUUGUGCUAAUGUUUGAUAUGAAGGAAGAAAUUGAAGUUGAUCCACAGUUCAUUGCUCAGUUGAUGGAACAGCUCGACGUCUUCAUCAGUAUUAAACCAAAGCCGAAACAGCCGAGCAAGUCUGUGAUUGUGAAAAGUGUUGAGCGAAAUGCGUUAAAUAUGUAUGAAGCAAGGAAAUGUCUCCUCGGACUUGAAAGCAGUGGGGUUACCAUAGCAACCAGUCCAUCCCCAGCAUCCUGCCCUGCCGGCCUGGCAUGUCCCAGCCUGGAUAUCUUAGCUUCCGCAGGCCUCGGACUCACUGGACUAGGUCUUUUGGGACCCACUGCCUUAUCUCUCAAUACUUCAACAACCCCGAACUCACUUUUGAAUGCUCUUAAUAGCUCAGUCAGUCCUUUGCAAAGUCCGAGUUCUGGCACCCCUAGCCCCACAUUGUGGGCACCUCCACUUGCUAGUACUUCAAGUGCCACAGGUUUUUCUGCUAUACCACACCUUAUGAUUCCAUCUACUGCCCAAGCCACAUUAACCAAUAUUCUGUUGUCUGGAGUGCCCACCUAUGGGCACACAGCUCCAUCUCCCCCUCCUGGCUUGACUCCUGUUGAUGGCAACAGUAUGCAGACAGAAAGCAAAAAAAUCUCUGCUUCAUUAAAUGGACACACACAGUCUCCGAAUAUAAAAUAUGGUGCAAUAUCCACUUCGUCACUUGGAGAAAAAGUGCUGAGUGCGAAUCAUGGUGAUCCAUCCAGACAAACAACUGCAUCUGAGCAGGCAUCUCCCAAAUCAAACCCCGCAGAAGGUUGUAAUGAUGCUUUUGUUGAAGUAGGCAUGCCCCGAAGUCCUUCCCAUUCUGGAAAUGCUGGUGACUUGAAACAGAUGAUGGGUCCCUCCAAAGUUUCCUGUGCCAAGAGGCAGACAGUAGAACUAUUGCAAGGCACAAAAAACUCACACUUACACAGCACUGACAGGUUGCUCUCAGAUCCUGAGCUGAGUACUGCAGAAAGCCCUUUGGCUGACAAGAAAGCUCCAGGGAGUGAGCGUGCUGCAGAGAGGGCUGCCGCUGCCCAGCAGAACAAUGAAAGGGCCCGCCUUGCCCCACGGCCAUCAUAUGUCAACAUGCAGGCAUUUGACUAUGAACAAAAAAAGCUAUUAGCAACCAAAGCUAUGUUAAAGAAACCAGUGGUGACGGAGGUUAGAACACCCACAAAUACCUGGAGUGGCCUUGGGUUUUCUAAAUCCAUGCCCGCUGAAACUAUCAAGGAACUGAGAAGGGCCAACCAUGUGUCCUAUAAGCCCACAAUGACAACCACUUUUGAGGGUUCAUCAAUGUCCCUCUCGAGGUCCAACAGUCGUGAACACCUGGGAAGUGGAAGCGAAUCCGAUAACUGGAGAGACCGAAAUGGAAUAGGACCCUCAAGUCAUAGUGAAUUUGCAGCUUCUAUUGGCAGCCCCAAGCGUAAACAGAACAAAUCAACGGAACACUAUCUCAGCAGUAGCAACUACAUGGACUGCAUUUCCUCGCUGACAGGAAGCAAUGGCUGUAACCUGAAUAGCUCUUUCAAAGGCUCUGACCUCCCUGAGCUCUUCAGCAAACUGGGCCUGGGCAAAUACACAGAUGUCUUCCAGCAACAAGAGAUCGAUCUUCAGACAUUCCUCACUCUCACGGAUCAGGAUCUGAAGGAGCUGGGAAUUACAACUUUCGGUGCCAGGAGGAAAAUGCUGCUUGCAAUCUCAGAACUAAAUAAAAACCGAAGAAAGCUCUUUGAACCGCCAAAUACACGCACCUCUUUCCUGGAAGGCGGAGCAAGUGGGAGGCUACCCCGUCAGUAUCACUCAGACAUUGCUAGUGUCAGUGGCCGCUGGUAGCGGUACCGUCCAGGCACACGCCCACCAACUCUGUCAAGUCGGACGCAGGAGAUCUGUGAACAGCCUUCACUGCACACCAUCCUCAGCACUCGGGUGUCUGGUAUCAGGACCAAAGCAUCUUAUUCGCACCUGAACUUUGUGCC